GUGCUCUGUUAGGGUUGGUAUCUUGGACCUUUCCCCAGCCUUGUGAGGUUACGUUCGAGGCGUGGCGUAGCUGGAUCAGCUGUUUACCCCAACCCUUUCCGAAAUUGUCGAAUCGAAAAAGGUCCUGCAGGAGUCCCAAAAAUGUCUGUCAUUUAUCGGGGAGUCGUUUCCGCGGUGGACAAAGUUGUCCCAGCCAAGCUCCAGCCGCUGUGGUCUCAUCCUGCAGGACCUAAAACUAUCUUCUUCUGGGCACCAGCAUUCAAAUGGGGCUUGGUGAUAGCUGGAAUAGGUGACCUCUCAAGACCUGCCGACAAGAUUAGCUUGCCUCAGACUUGUGCUCUCAGCGCCACCGGUCUUGUAUGGGCACGCUACUCUCUCGUCAUUAUUCCCAAGAACUGGAGCUUAUUCAGUGUAAACGUGUUUGUGGCCAUCACGGGACUGUAUCAGUUGUCAAGAGCUGUCAGGUACCAACAAAGUCUGAAAGCUGAAGAAGCCGUCAAAGCCUAAUUUUCUCUCUCCAUUCCGACUAACUAAUUAAUAUGUUUUACUGUCACAGUGUACACUAAGGCUCAGCAGGUAAUUUUUAAUUUCUGAGUUUUAUUUAUUUUUAAAUAUUUAUUUUUGUUUGUCUUUGUCAUUUCUUUUCGCUCUCAAUAGUUGUGGUUUAAAUCAGUGCUGGACACUGCAUCAAACCCAGUGAGUUCAAAAAUGUCCCUAUAAGAUAAAUACAUUUUUGAAUGUAAUACUAUUGUGUUCAAGUUCAAGAUGGUUUAUAGUGUCAAUCUUUCUGUUUUGUAUUGUUAUUAAUUCUAUUUAAAUUGUACAACUUAUAUCUGUGAUGAGUGGCAUCUUGUUAAGUAUAGAGAAUGAAGGAAAAAAAAACAACAGUGUUCAUUGUUCAAUAUUUACUAAUGUGGAGAAGACGAAAUAACGUUUUGUCUGUCACAUUUUGAGUCAAAGAAGUUACUCGUGAGACUUUCAUACUGUACUGAAGAUCUUCCAUCAGCCUAGUCUUUUUCAUUGAAUAUGAUUACUGGUACAAAUGAUACAGACAUUGUAGCAUUCAGCUGAAUUUCUUGAUCUGUGUCACCCCUUUUUAUCUGAUAAAUUAAUGACUUAGUAGUUUUAUCCAACAGGUCGAGGAAAAUCUAACAAUUUGUGUUUCUUUAGGCAUGUAGUGGUGGCUUGCCACAGUAUUCAUUACUUGUCACGCAGCUGAGUACAAGGACCUCAAAUGUUCGUUGAUGCUGUUUAAUAAAUGUUAUAAAAUAGUG